AUGGCUGACAGUGCCGACGUUGCAGCUGCCGUGAGCAGCCAGCCGCCCGGAGGUGCAGAAGAGGAGCAGGGAGUAGGCUCCGGCGGUGGUCUGACGGAUGCCCAGAGAGAGGUGUUGGAGAGAUGUCUCCAUGCGCUCAAACACGCUCAAACCGACAGCCACACUCUGGCUGCUCUCCUGUUGAUCACUCGUUUGUGCCCAGCAAGCCAACUAGACAAACCCACCCUGAGACGCAUCUUCGAGGCCAUGGGACUCAACCUUCCAGCUCGGCUUCUGGUGACGGCGGUCAGAGGCACCGAGACCUCCGGCUUACCCCAACAUGAGCUCCUCUCACUGGGCACGGCUCUGUUGGCUGCCUUGAGCACAGACCCAGACAUGGCCUCCUAUCCCCAGCUCCUCACCACCAUCCCGCUGCUGCUGGGUAUUGUAGCCAACGGUCCUGUAUCAAACCAGCAGGAACAGAACGACGCUGGAGAGCUGGCGCAGAGUCCAGAUAGUAAAGUACAACCAGCAGAGAGUUUAAGCCCAGAGAGUAAUCCUGCCAAAGUGGAAAAAUCAGCCGGAGAAAGUGAGAUGGAAGAUGAUGGCAGCGCAUCAAACGGCACGCCAGCAUCUAAAGACACAUCACCACGUGCCAGUCUUGAUGAGGCCAUGGCUGCUGACUGCUACCAGGUUUUGACAGCAGUGUGUGCCUUACCCAGGGGUCCCGAGCAGCUGCUGAGCAGGGGUGCCGUCCCUGCUCUGUGUCAAGCCGUGAAACAGAACCAGACUCUCAGCCGCGAGAGAGGGCUCGCCUUGCUUGGCUGCCUCCUCUCUGGUAAAACGAAGGACAAAGCGUGGAGUAAACACCCUGAAGAACUCCGCGCUCUGCUGGUCGGGCUCUCUAAAGAUUUCUGCCAGUCCAAGGACCAGGCCAGACUGGAUAUGUGUUCCCAGCUUGUGCAGUUUCUCCCCCCGGUAGGAGUGUCGGUAGGAGUGUCGGUAGAGAGCGAUGAGCUGAAGGGAGUCGUGAGCAGCAUGUGGGGCGUAUUGAGACCCAUGAUGCAGGCUAAGUUGACGCCCAGGCAAAUCGGGCCGAUCCUGGUCCUGAGCGCGUGUCUGCUGGAUAUCUACGGGUGGGAGUUGGCGGGGCCGCCAAAGUUCUGCUGCCUACUGGUGAACCGGGCCUGCGUGGAGGUCAGAAUGGGCCUGGAGGAGCCGCCCGGUACCGAGCUGAGGCCAGAGCUGCAGCACACACUCACAGGCUGUUACAGAAUCAUGGAGGCUGCCAUAGAGCAGGCCUGCAGUGCGGCAUUGUCGCAGACCGCUGCACCUCCCCAGAGCCACACAUCCUCACUCAGUCUGCAGCAGAGCAGGCAGGUCCUCAGGGUGUUGGAGGAGGCCUUCUCCGCUGUGAUCUACCACCUGCAACAGGUUGACCCAAGUCAAUACGGCGACCCUUUCAUUUUCGCCACAUUCCGCUCUCUGUGCUCAUGGCUGGCCGAGGAGACUUCCUGUCUGAAGGAGGAAGUGACUGGACUGCUGCCUUUCCUGAUCGGCUACACCCGGAGCCACAUGCGGGGCGAGAGCCCAGAGCUGGGCCUCUCUGAUUGGAUGGACGAGAUGUCCAUCUCUGAGGAGAGAGGAGCCUGGACGGGCAAAAAACCUCUGAGGUAUCUCCUCCCGGCUCUGUGCCACCUGUCCGCAGAGGAAGGCCCCAGGAAGGUGCUGCUCACGCUCGACACCCCGGCUCUGCUGGUGGACUUCCUGUCCCAGAGCUGGACUUCCCUCAAGGAAAAAAGUGGAGUGGUGUCGGGCAGGGAUCCCAGCAUGGAGACGGCGUGCUCAGCCCUCCUCAACUUCACCGUCACAGAACCGGAGAGAGUCAGGAAGGACCCAUGUUUUAGAACUUUGGAGGCUUUUCUGAGUGAAGCACUUCCAGUGUUGGUGCACAAACCCCGGCUCCUGGUCUUGGCAGCGAACUUCUGCACGUUGGGACUAAUGAUGGGCAGACUCAAAUCAGCUCCUUCAGAAUCAGUGGAAGCAGGCCAGAGGCGGUUCUUCUCCUCGGCUCUGAGGUUCCUCCGCGGCGCCCUGGACUCCGGCUCCAGCCCGCCGUCGAUCAAGGUGAGCGUGGGCUGGGAGGAGAGCUGGGACGAGGCCGCCGAGCUCUGGCGGUUGGGCCUGCAGGCUCUGGGGGGCUGCGUCCGCGCUCAGCCCUGGAUAGCCGCCCUGGUCCGAGAGGAAGGUUGGCUCAAGCACAUGCUCGCAAUGCUGGGUCAGUGUAGCGCGCUGCCCGACCAGCAGACGCAGGCGGCGCUGGAGGAGGCCCUGUGUGCCGUUGCCGAGCGGUGUCCGCUCUGUAAACGGGAGAUCGGAGACAUGAUGGCGAGGAGCGAUAAAGGCGCUCUGGGCUGCAUGAGGAACCUGAAGAAGUUGGUGGGAGUGAAGUGAAACCAAACAGCUGCCCGAUGGACAGAAAUCUUUUUGAUGGAGUGUUUUUAACUUGUUAAAAAUGAAGUCGCACUACGGACGUAAAAAAAACAAAAAAAAACACAGCUGCUAAUGAAGCCAAACUUGUUUGUUGUACCAUUGUUUGUCGAACCAUUCUCCAGGGCUGGGAGAUAUUGCCCGUUAUUUCCUAACCCUAACCCUUUCUACAAGCUUGCUAAACAUGUAUUAUACUUCCUCCCCAUGAUCGUGCAAUGCAAAAGCUAAAAAUGUAACUUUUGUUAGCGAUAAUUGUUACAUUUAUUGCCCAGCCCUAAUUCUUCAGGAUUUUUUUUUGUUGUAAAUAGAUGAAAAGCCCAAGAUGCUAACAAUUUAUUAAAAGAGGGAAAAUUGUGCUUCUGUGUUUCAUAUAUUUCAUUGUAAUAAGUGAAUUGUUCCCUGACGCUGAGACGCAAAUGCCUUUUUUGUAUCUUCAGUAAUUGCGUCAGUGGAAAAAGUAGUAAUCUGAGAAUUGGCUACGAAUUAAUUUACAACCAGAUUUGUCCGUGUUGUGGGGAAAAAACUAGCAGAAUCUAUCUUGCCAAAAUGUAAAUGCACUUAAUAAAGAAUUAUUUUGUUAGACAACAGUAA